AUUAUCCAUCGAAAAUUUUGGGGUCUAAAUUAUACCCGAUUACCCGUGCACUUGAACCCGGCCUACUACCAAACUUGAAAGUUCCGAGUCCGAGCGUCGUGGUAGCGUGAAAACUGACUUGCGCAGGAGCAAGCACUUCCCUCUUCGUUUACGUGACCUUGAUUUCUCGUCAUUCUGCUUGGACUCACGACCUGUUUGGUUCCUGGGAAAAUUGAGUAAAACAGAAAGAAAAAGCUCAAGUCUUGCAAUUUCUCAUAAUUGAGUGGAGAUGUUUUAGUUGCUAGCUGCUGAGCUCCCAAACAAAUGGGUAAUUCAGUGAAAUGAGCUUUUGUGUUGUGUAAGCUUUGUUUGAUUCUAUGGAGAUAGAUCUUGAACUGUCCUCAUGUGAGCAGGACAAGUUAGACGUUAGGGCAGAUAAAGAUGUUAACAUUGUAGAUGUCACUGAUGAGAUAAAUGUUGUGGAGGAGCGUGUUAGUUACCCGGUAAUGAGUGAUCGUGUUAAGGAAGUUGAUGGAUUGAAUGCAGAACAAAGUAUUGGGUCGGAUAAAGAAGUCGACAUUGUAGAUAUUUCUGAUGAGGUAAAUGUUAAGGAAGUUGAUGGGUUGAAUGCAGAACAAAGUGUAGGGUUGGAUAAAGAUGUUGACAUUUUAAAUGUCGCGGAUGAGAUAAAUGUUGCGGAGGAGCAUGUUAGUGCUCCGACAACGAGUGAACAUGUUAGGGGAGCUGAUGGGUUGAGUGCAGAAGAAAGUGUUAGGUCAGGUAAACAUGUUAACGGUGUAGAUGUCCCAUAUGAGAUAAAUGUUGAGGCGAAUGUUAGUUCUCCGACAACGACUGAUCAUGUUAAGGAAGUUUAUGGGUUGAAUGCAGAACAACGUGUUGGGUCAGAUAGAGAUGUUGACAUUGUAGAUGUCAAUGAUGAGAUAAAUGUUGAUGAGGAGCAUGUUAGUUCUCCGAUGAGUGACUGUGUUAAGGAAGAGGAUGGAUUCAAUGCAGACCAAAGUGUUGGGUCAGAUAAAGAUGUUGACAUUGUAGAUAUCACAGAUGAGGUAAAUGUUGAGGAGGAGCAUGUUACUUCUCCGAUAACGAGUGAUCAUGUUAUGGAAGUUGAUGGGUUGAAUGCAGAACAAAGUGUUUUUAGUUUGAAUGAUCAAAAUGAUCUGAACAAUGUCGGGGUGGAUUCCCUUGAUAAGGGGAAGGGGCUAGUUGAGGAGCCCGAAAAUGGUUUGGAGUUUGAGUCCAAGGAAGAAGCUUACUCUUACUACAGGGAGUAUGCCCGGUCUGUGGGAUUUGGCAUCACAAUUAAAGCCAGUCGGCGCUCAAAAAAAUCUGGAAAGUUCAUUGACAUAAAAAUUGCAUGCUCUAGAUUUGGAAGCAAGCGUGAGUUGGGAACAACUGUCAAUCCAAGAACAUGUAUCACAAAGACAGACUGCAAAGCUAGCUUGCAUAUAAAGAGGAAAGAGAGUGAAAAAUGGGUAGUACAUAGUUUUGUAAAGGAGCACAACCAUGAGAUUUGCCCAGAUGAUUUCAUUUAUGCUAUCAGUGGAAGGAACAAGAAACCUGCUAUCGUUGUUCCUCAGAAGACGGGUCUGCAGUUGGCUUUAGAUGAGGAAGAUGUAAGAGUAAUGUUUGAACAUUUCAUGUCUAUGCAGGAUGAGGAUCCCAACUUCUUCUACGCAAUAGAUUUUGACCAUGAGAAACGAUUGAGAAGUGUGUUUUGGGUUGAUUCAAAAUGUAAGCGUGAUUAUAGCAGUUUCUGUGACGUAGUCUUCUUUGACACUUACUAUGUUAGAAACAAUUAUAAAAUUCCUUUUGUUCCUAUUGUUGGAGUUAAUCAUCACUUUCAGUACAUUUUGCUUGGAUGUGCAUUGAUUGGAGAAGAGACUACAUUGGCUUUCGUUUGGUUAAUGCGGACGUGGUGUAAAGCAGUGGGUGGCCAAGCUCCAGGAGUGGUUAUCACCGAUCAAGACAAAUACCUGAAAGAAGCUGUAGAAGAUGUGUUUACUGAUGCACGCCAUUGUUUUUGCUUAUGGCAUGUAUUGACCAGGAUUCCUGGAAAUUUGGGUUCCAUAAAUGAGAAAGAAACAUUUAUCGAAAAAUUCAGCAAAUGCAUUUACUGGUCUUGGACAGUUGAACAAUUUGAAAAGGAAUGGUCGAAACUGGUUGAUAGAUUUGAACUAAGAGACAAUGAGUGGGUUCAUUCAUUGUAUGAAGAUCGUAAAAAGUGGGCCCCAACUUAUAUGCAGGAUUCAUUUUUAGCUGGAAUGUCAACAAAGGAGCGAUCUGGAAGUAUAACUUCAUUCUUUGAUAGGUACAUUACUCAAGAAGCUACAUUUAAGGAUUUUAUUGAGCAGUACAAAGCAUUCUGUAAAGAUAGUUAUGACAUGGAAGCCCGCGCUUCUCUCAAAACACAAGAUAAACAACCUGGAUUAAGAUCCUUCUCGCCUUUUGAGAAACAAAUGUCAACUAUCUAUACCAAUGCUGUAUUUAAAAAAUUUGAGGACGAGGUUUUUGGACUAGCUUCUUGUCAUUUGAAGAAAGAAGAUGAAAAUGAAGCAUAUAUCUUCCGGGUCACAGAUUUGGAAGAACGCCAGAAUUUCAUUGUGUCUUGGAAUGAAGCAGACCAAAAAGUAUGUUGUUUAUGUCAUUCAUUUGAAUGCAGAGGUUUUCUCUGUAGGCAUGCAAUUCUGGUCCUCCAGGUGUCUGGCGUUUACACAAUCCCAUCCCAUUAUAUUUUGAAGCGUUGGACUAAAGAUGCAAAAGUUAGGCAUACUGUUAGCGAUGGAUCGAAGAGGCUUAACUGCAGGGUGCAACAUUUCAAUGAUCUAUGUAAAUUAGCUGUUAAGUUGGGUGAAGAGGGGUCUUUAUCUCUGGACGCUUACCACAUUGCAUUUCAGGCAUUAGAAACAGUUAUGAAACAUUGUGUCGAUGUCAAUAAUUCUGUAAGAAGUGUUUUGGAACCCAUGCCAGCUAAUCAUGGUUUUAUUGACGUUGAAGUAGUGAAUCCCAGCUGCAGUGUGGCCAAGUCGUCGAAGAAAAAGAAAACAUACAAAAAAAGAAAGGUGCAAACUGAACUGGAUGGCACCGCUAUCAGGUUGCAAGACAGCUGCCAGCAGAUGGUUUGUCUCAUGGAACUGAUGAAGUCCAGAGCACAUAAGCUUGAUAAUUGUUACGUCCCUCAGCAAGAAUCUGAACGGGGACAGUUGAACUCAAUUUCUCCUAUCCAUGAGGGUUGUUACGACAACCAACGGGCCACCCAGGGACAGGUUCAUUCAUUACAAACACGAACUCGUCACUUAGGGACCCAACAGAGCCUGCAAGGAAUGCUACAACCUAGUCCCGGAGCACCGAUUGUGCAUGGCUGUUUUGAGAUUCGGGGCAAUCCCGAAGAUAUGGAACAGUCUGUAGGCUCCUCGCGCAAGCAUCGACGUGACAAGCACCCACCAAAAUAGCUUAGAGAGAUGGCCAUCCAUUGAGAUGAAGAGACUAUCGUCCAGUUGUAAAUUCAGCCUCAUGCUUGUAAACGAGGAUUGAAAAAGAUGAACUCAUAUAUCCACGUUUUUCGGUACAUAGAUGUUUUCGUUUUGUUCUUUUACUGAACAAUUGUACAAAACGAUGUCGGAAGAAACAAUAUAUGUUGAAUUUUAUGUCGUGCA